AUGAUCAAGAAGCAGAUCCGCGACAAGAUUGGCAUUUCCCGAUUUCGCCAGCAGUUGGUGUGCAACAGUGACAUUGUCUUGGAUGAUACUUCGUGGACAUCCCUAGGGAGGCCUUUGCACUUGCAUCUUGUCGUCUCCAACCGAGAGCCAACCAGCGAGCACCAGGCCGUGAUGCUCCAGGCAGCUGUGAACGGUGACCUUCGUGUGAUGUUGCCAGCUGUUGAGAACGGACAAGACCCAGAUUCACUGGACCGCUUUGGCCGAUCUGCAGCAUGGCACGCGGCUGCCGCUGGGCAUUUACAUGUCCUCGACGUCCUUUAUGAUGCCUGCGCGAACAUUGAUCUUGGUGAUAACCGCGACGAAACGCCGCUGCAUUCAGCCUCCAUGGCUGGCCAUUCAAAUGUUGUUGAGUUUCUCCUUUCUAAGCGGGCAGGAAUCGAAAGAAAGAGCCAGGAUGGUCGCAGUGCACUUUAUUUCUCUGUGCAGCAUCAGCAGCUGGGCGUGGUCGACUGCUUGGUCAGAUGUGCAGCGAACGUGGACACCCGUCGAGAUCUUGAGAGGACAGCUUUGAUGUGUGCCGUCGAGGCAGGUCGCUUGGACAUUGCAAACGUUCUUCUAGCAGGCGAUGCUGACCCGCACCUGCUCUUUUCUGGUUGGACCGCCUUGAGCUUCGCUGCACAAAGAGGGCACCUCGAGAUUGUCCGUCGUCUGCUUGACUGCCGUGUGAGUCCAGACGCCGGCACUAAUGACAGGUGGUCGCCGCUUUUCCUGGCUGUAAGCACUGGCCACUCAGACGUGGCUGCGCUAUUGAUUGAAAGAAGCGCAAACACCGACAGGCAGGACGAUGAUGGGUGGACGCCUCUUUUGCUGGCAGCAGGGGAAGGUGAGUGUCAGCUGGUGGAGCUGCUGGUCAAAGCUCGUGCCAAUCCUCAUCAUGUCAGCCAAGGUGGAGUAACUCCAACACUCUUAGCCAUGGAGAGGGGUCACUCACGGGUCCGCAGGUUCCUAGCCGAUGUCACGCUGCCUCGGGAGGGGGACUUGUCCAUGGUCCUGGAGCCAAAAGACGACCGGAAUCAGAAUGAUAGCAGUAGCAGUGAUUGCAGUGAUUGCAGUGCUUGCAGCGAAGCAAGCGAGACAAAAUAUGCAUUGCCGCAGCUCACUGACUUCACAGACUUCCUUCUUUGCCAGCUUUGA